GGAUCCUCUAAGACGGGCCUGCCUUUGCUCGGCUCCAAGGCCAUGUCCUCUCUGCUGGGAGCUUGUGUGCAGUAUGGUAUCAGAGAAGCCCUCCUGCCCCACUCCAAGCCCCUGGUGGUCAAGGCGGUCACCAUGAGUCCAGUACCCUGCUUCAACAAACAACGACAUCGGCUGCAGACCAUUCUCUACCUCUCUCAUCCCCUCUUUCUCAGAGAGCACAGGGUCCAGGAGGGGAAGGUGGUCUUCCCUCUAGGUGUGAAUGUCCAGGGUGAUGUGGUCAUCUCUGUUUAUCAUAUGAGGAACACCAUAGGAGACCGACUGCAGGCCAAGGUGUCCAACACCCAGAUAUUACAGAUCCAGUUCCACACAGGCUUCAUCGCUCCAGGGACCACCGUGUUAAAGUUUACAAAGCCGGAGCUGGAUGCGUGUGACUCUCCAGAGAAGUACCCCCAACUGUUCCAUGUGUUGGUGGACAUUGAGGUGGAGAGUACAGACAAGCAGAAGGACCUGACCCCUCCCUGGGAACAGUUCCCUAAUAAAGACCUGAUCCCCAACGUACUGUUCUCAUGUCACCAAGAGCACCAGGACGCCCUUGCCAUCGCAGAGCCGAGCCGGUCCCACAGUGGUUCAGAUGGUCGCCCUCACGGGGAGGACAGUGAGCCGUCUGAUGAUGAGAUGCUGUCCCUGUCUAGCCAGCAGAGCAACGCUAGCGGAGAGAGACCCGGAGGGGCCCAGUCUGGCCCCAGGGGCCCCAAGAGACCUGAGCAGCCUCAGGCCCCUGCCACUGCUCCUCCUCCCCCAGAAGAGGUGGACCUCCUGGGCCUGGAUGGGGCUGCUGUGAACCCCCCUGCCCCCUCGCCCCAGCCCCCCCACCACCAACACUACCACGGACCUCCUGGGGGAUCUGUUUGGAGCCUCUCCCCAGCCCCUGCCUGGGAGUGGGCCCGCCUCAGCCCAGUCUACCCCCCAGAAAAUAGCCCCUCCCUCCACCUCCCCUGCCCCUCUCCAGGAAUUGAAUUGAAUAGUAAAGUAAUGGUUUAUGCUUUUCUCUCUGCCCACCCAGCAUUCGACCCAUUUGGGGCGGGUCCGAUGCCCAAGCCCCAGGAGCUGAUGGGUUCCUUCCGGGGUCCAGCAGGUAACCAUGGUAACCUGGGGCUGCCUGCCCCCCUCCUGCAUGCAGCUCGCUCUCCAUCCUCCACUAUGCAGAACACUGGCAUGGGCCGGAGCUCCCCAGUCCCGCCCACCACCCCUGUGGUCACCAUUCAGCAGCCUCCCAACGCCAUGGGAGGAUGGGACUGGAACAAAUCUGCAGCUCCAGGAGGGGGUUUCGGUAUGGGCAGUAAGUCAGCCAGUACCAGUCCUACCGGGUCAGUCCACAGCACACCCACACACCAGGCCAAACCCAAGACCCUGGACCCCUUCGCUGAUAUCGGAAACCUGGGGGGCAGUCUGGGAGGAGGCUCUGGCAUCUCCAGUAAGCCCACCACCCCUACAGGCACCACCCCUGCCUUCCCCCCCAUGGGCUCCCCCUCACGGCCUCCUCCCUCACCCCAGCACGGUGGGGGCUGGCAGGCUAACACAGGCUUCCCCUCCUGGCAGCCCGGUGGUGGAGGGCAGGCAGGGUGGCAGCCCCAACCCCAAGGUCAGGGUGGCCCACCGUCCCAGCCCAAACCCAGCCCCAGCCACUCCAUGCCCCACACCUCCCUCCAACAGACCCAACUACAACAUCAGCUUCUCUGCCAUGGGAGGAGGGGCUGCUCCCAAUGCACCCGGGGGAAACCACAGCCCAACAUGGGUACCAAGCCCAAAGUUGCAACGGCUAACUUUGAUGACCUGCUGUCUGGCCAAGGCUUUGCUGGAGCCAAAAAGAAGGAAGGUCCCAGGACAAUAGCAGAGAUGAGGAAGGAGGAGAUGGCUAAAGAGAUGGACCCCGAGAAACUCAAGAUUCUGGACUGGAUCGAGGGGAAGGAGCGUAACAUCCGGGCCCUGCUGUCCACCAUGCACACAGUACUCUGGGAGGGGGAGACCCGCUGGAAGCCUGUAGGCAUGGCUGACCUGGUGACCCCAGAGCAGGUCAAGAAGGUUUACCGCAAAGCAGUGCUGGUGGUCCAUCCAGACAAGGCCACGGGACAGCCCUAUGAACAAUAUGCCAAGAUGAUUUUUAUGGAACUGAAUGACGCCUGGUCAGAAUUUGACAGCCAAGGACAAAAAGCACUCUACUGAGCUGAUAGAAAAAGAGAGCGAAAGCGAGACAGAGUUCCUGCCCAC